CAUGUGCCCUCCAUCAACUGUCUCCACCACCGCCUCCUAUAUAAACCAUCAACCUCCCCACUUCCUGCCACUCCACCACCACCACCAGUGUCUCACUUCCUUUUGCCUCCACAAAUUUUCCGAUCUUCUAAUUCUAUACUUUGUUGGGAAAGUUUUCAUUUUCUCAUCUACCAAACAGGAAAAAAAAACGCGAUUCUACAAUGGAGGCAUUGAAGAUGAGAGUAUUUCUGGCUGUUGUGGUUGUUCUCAUGGCCGUUUUUGCUGUUCAGAAUGUGGGUGCUCAGGAAGCCCCAGCUCCAAGCCCUGCCUCUGAUGCCACCGUUUUUGUACCUGCUGUUUUCGCAUCUGUUGCAGCUUUUGCUUUUGGGUUUCUCUUCUAAAUGGGUCUUUUAUUUUAUCUUCUCUUUGAAUCUUUGUUGCUUGGGUUCUUGAAAAUGGGUACAUUCCGAGUUCUUUUGCUUUCUGAGCUCUUUGUUUUCCCCAGUUGAUAGGGCUAAUUUGGUAUUGUAAAUUUGUAAUUGUGGGAGAGCAAGAGAUGUGAGGGACUUUGAUUCCUUUUGCUUUUUGAUUUUUCAUUUCUCAUCAUGUUAUUAUGACCAUUUCUUUAUUUGUAUAUUUGAUGUGAUUUGCUUAA